UCAUCCUCUUCUUUCUUUAUCUUUCUCUUCACUCUCUCUCUCUCUCUGCAACUCUCCUUUGUAUGUUGAUGUGAUUCUCCACUAUAUUAUCUCACAAAUAUAAAUAUAUACAAACCCCAUCAACCUUUUACAAAAGAAAGCAAGAAAGAUCAAGAACCAAAUGGUUUUUUCCUCCAUCCCAGCUGCUUAUCUUGAUCCAGCCAACUGGCAACAACAAUCAAAUCACCAAACGGGUGCAAAUACUAAUCAGUUUGGUCCUCCUCCUCCUCCACAACCUCAUGGAAGUGGCGGUGUGGGUUCGAUCAGGCCUGGAUCGAUGGCGGAUCGAGCCCGGAUGGCCAACAUACCGAUGCCGGAAGCAGCACUGCUAUGUCCACGAUGUGAAUCAACCAACACAAAAUUUUGCUACUUCAACAAUUACAGCCUCUCUCAGCCUCGCCACUUCUGCAAAACUUGCAGACGUUACUGGACAAGGGGUGGAGCCCUAAGAAAUGUGCCCGUUGGAGGCGGCUGUAGAAGGAAUAAACGAAGCAAAGGAAGCGGCUCCAAAAGCCCAGUGAGCAAUAAUGAUCGCCCAACUGGUUCUGGAUCCACAAGCACAAUGUCUUCUAAUAGUGGAGCCACUGAUAUAUUAGGCCUCGGACCUCAGGCUCCUCCUCUCAGGUUCAUGAGUACUCCUCUUCAUCAUCUCACAACUGAAUUUACAGGCGGUCAAAAUAUUGGCUUGAGUUAUGGUUCAAUUUCUGCUCCAGUUGUGGGAGCAACAAAUGACUUGAAUUUUCAUAUAGGUAAUGCUUUAGCUAGUGGCGCCGGUGGCGGUAGUGCUGCUGGUGGUUCCCUUUUAUCAUCUUUAACUGGUUUUGAUCAGUGGCGGUUUACACAAGCUCAGCAAUUUCCCUUUUUGGGAGGGUUGGAUUCUUCUUCUUCUUCAUUGGGAUUAUACCCAUUUGAAAGCGGCGUUGAGCCAUCUGUUUAUGCAAAUGCUGAGGGUCAGCUCCGGCCUAGGCUUUCUUCUUCUGGGGUUAACGUUUCUCAGUUGGCUUCGGUGAAAAUGGAGGACAACAAUGAGAUGAAUUCGUCACGACCGUUCCUGGGGAUUCAAGGAAACGAACAAUACUGGAAUAAUGCUCCUGCAUGGACGGAUCUGUCUGGUUUUAACUCUUCUUCAACUAGCAAUGCCUUAUAGAUUUGCAGUAGAGGAAUUAACCAGACAGCCGGCGAGGUUUCCAUUUUUUUCUCUUUUUCUUUUUUCAGUGUAGCUUCGACUAAUCACUAUGAUCAAGACUAAAUUAUGACUUUCAAGUUUCACCUCCAUAGAUGGAUGUUUAUCGGGGGCUUAGUUUCUUCAAUAUCAACUUUACAGCCUAGAAUUGAUUAGUUCUUUCUUCUUCUUCUUCUUUUUCCUUUUGAAGUUAGCUUUAGGUCGCAAUGUAUGGCUGUGUUUGGAAUGUUGAGUGAAUGAAAAAUGGAGUUUUAUGUA